GUCCUGAGUGGAAGGAGGGAUAUGUAAUGCUGAAUGAGUGAGGAUUAACGUCGCUUAACCGUAAGAAUCCCGCGCGCGCACCUGACAAGGGACCUUUACGACUCCACCGGAGCUGCCUUACGUUUUAGGCUCAGGAAAACCUCGCGCAUCUCUGUAUUUCGCGAAUAACGUAAUGGAUUACUGACCUACAACGCCCUUUCCCAUGUUGGAGGUCAGUCCCGCUAAGGACACCGACUGUGACGCUCUGUUCUGCCCGGCAGGAGAUGAAGACUCACCCUCCCCAUCCUCAGCAUGCUGGUCAAAGGGGGAGCCGGGCGGGGGAGUUACCAGACCUUUGAUGGAGCCCUGAUACACAGGGAGGGGCAGAGAUAAAUGGAGGAGCGGGACAGAAGCCGCUCUCCGUCUCGCAGGACCAGUCGUGUGGAGCAGGUGGUGGGGAGAUGGCUUCGGCGUUCCAGAGAAUCUAGUAGCAGAGAGCGUAUCCUGGUGGAUGGAAAGACGGCAGCAGGGGAGUCCAGCGGCCAGGACCAAAAGAACUGCCCGGUGCGACUGACCGUCCAGAUCUCUCGGGACCAGCAGCUCAACUCCCAUGGACUCACACUGUCCCCACAGACCCCCGUACUGGUGCAGGACGUCACCCCAGAGGGGCCGGCUGACGGAAGGCUUGUCCCUGGCGACCAGGUUGUGAAGAUCAACAACGUCGCCGUGGAAGAUCUGACCCCAGAGCAGGCUGCUGACCUCAUCAGGGAGUGUCCGGACUGUGUGACGAUCACCGUCCUGAGGAACUCAGUGGGACCCAAGUCUUCAUUCAUCACUCCAGAAAAGAGAGCUAAACUGCGGUCCAACCCCGUGAAGGUUCAUUUCGCUGAAGAGGUCGAGGUCAAUGGUCACUCUCAGGGCAACUCGCUGCUAUUCCUCCCCAACGUUCUGAAGGUGUAUCUGGAGAACGGACAGACAAAGGCCUUCAAGUUUGAACCCAACACCACUGUCAAGGACAUCGUGAUGACACUGAAGGAGAAGUUGUCGCUGUGUCGCAUCGAACACUUCUCACUGGUGCUGGAACAGAAGUACAGCAUCGCCAAGCUGCUGCUUCUCCAUGAGGAGGAACGGAUACAGCAGGUGGUGCAGAAGAAGGAGGUGCAUGACUACAGGUGUCUGUUCAGGGUGUGUUUCAUGCCAAGGGAACCCCAGCAUCUGCUACAAAAUGACCCCACCGCCUUUGAGUAUCUAUACCUACAGGGCAUCAAUGAUGUCCUGCAGGAGCGCUUUGCUGUGGAGAUGAGGUGCAACACGGCCCUGCGUCUGGCUGCCCUUCACAUACAGGAGAGACUGGCCAGCUGUGGACAAUCACCCAAGACCAACCUGAAGAUCAUCACGAAGAGCUGGGGCAUUGAGAACUUUGUCUCGUCAACCCUCCUGAGGAACAUGAGGGAGAAGGACCUGAGGAAGGCAAUUGGCUACCACAUGAAGAAGAGCCAGUCACAGGAGCCCAAGCAGAAGGUGCUGUCAGCCAAUCAGGCGAGAAUUAACUACCUACAGGAGCUUUGUGAACUCAAGUCGUUUGGCGGGAAGUCCUUCAGUGCAACCAUGAUGCUGCAGGACAGGGAGUCGAUGGUGACUCUUCUGGUGGGGUCGCGGUACGGCAUCAGCCAAGUGGUCAACCACAAGCUGAGCAUAAUGAGCACCCUCACGGAGUUCAGCAGCAUAACGCGCAUCGAGCUGCUGCCCGAGUCGGACCGCGUCAGUCUGGUCAAGAUUUAUCUGCAGGACAUCAAGCCCAUCACCCUGAUGUUGGAGUCGGUAGCAGCCAAGGAGCUGUCCUGCUUGAUAGCAGGUUACUGUCGUGCCCUAGUAGACCCCAGCCUCGUCAUCUUUCCCUGGGUACAGAAUGCCAAGCAGCAUCGGGUCUCCACAGAGGAGGGUUACGUGUCGCGGUGUGGCAGUGACUCGGACGACUCCUCCGACAUAGAUACCCUCAUCUCCCUGGUGUCCCAUAACAGCAAGAGGACUUCUUCAGACCCCGUCGGCCUACGGAGAAUUAUGGAGGAGAGGAAGGAGGAGAGGAAGGAGAGGAAGGAGAGGGAAGAGAAGAAAAGGAGGGAGAAUGAGAGAAAGGAGAAGGGAGAGGGAGAACAAGAGAAACAUGUGAAAUACAGGACCAUGUCUCCUCCAAGAAAGAAAAGAGAGAAUGAAAGAAUAGAGAAGUCAGAAGUGGGAGGUGUAGACCAAAGGCAGAAGAACCGAGGAACGCUAGAGGACAACAGAGAAAGAGAGAAUGCAAACGAGGAGGCGACAGGACAGGAGGAGAAUAAAGGAGGGGUAGGAGAGAGAGAAGAGGAGGACCUAGGAGGAACGACGGAGGAGCUGCCGUCCCUAUCAGAGACGUCAGACUCGUGUCGUACAGACUCGCGCUUCAUGACCUCCGUCUCCAGCGACUCCCUGGACGCUCUGGAGGAGGACGACCUCAUCGCCUGCUCCUCCUCCCUCCCUCACUCCCACACUCACCCCCCCUUCCGGCUUACAGUCCAGCCCCCGCACCCCCAGCCUCAACCCAGGAGGGGUGCGUCGUCAACCCAAGAGGCUGGAGGGCGGAGGGGGGGCGAAGGAUUUGGAGCAGGGUACAGGAGUGGAUCAGGCGGAGGGACUUUGCCCGACCCACUCCUCUCCCCUGUGAACCCUGACCCCGUGAACACGGAACAACUGACCCCCGUCGUCGAUCCCUCUGAGAACAUGAACUAUGCUGAGCUCUCCCUAAUGCUGGAGUAUCUACCUAGCCCUCCGGAGGCGAGCGACGACGAAGACGACGAGGACGAGGAGAGGAGGAAGAGGGAGGGAGUCAACUCCGGUUCUGGGCGGCCCCGUUCCUCAUCCUCCUCCUCGCGUCUGGACUGCGUGUUCACGUUCGACCAGAGCGACACGAGGUGUUACUACAACAUCUGCACUAGCGUCACACCCGACAGUGCGCACACUCCCAACCUGUCCCCCCCUCACGCCAACACGGAAGCGGCGGAGGUUGUCGGAGCGGAGGGAGAGCCGAGGGCCGUCCUGAACCUGGAACCGGUGCCUAUCCUCCAGCCGCCACCAGGGUUCGGGGACAGCAGCUCGGACGAGGAGUUCUUUGACGCGAGGGAUCGGUUCGCCUCUCCUGAAGACCCAACGUCAGGGGCGGUGCCCAGAGAUUUUUCCGCCGAGAUGACAAGUGGAUUGAUGGAGCGAACGGUGAGCCCAAGCGAUGUCAGAGUCAGCCUGGCUGAAGGUGAGGGGGAGGACGAAAAGGAGGGAAGGGACGGAGAUGUGAGCGAAGGAGGAAGAGGAGGGAGAGAUAUGUUCUCCAGGCUCUCGAGGAAAAGAUCAAAAAAGCGCAGAUCCUUCAUGGAGACCGACUUCACCUCAACGGUCUCUUACCCAGGACCAGAUCAGAAUCAGGGCUGGAAAGUGGACCAGUAUCCAGACCAGUUUCAGAGCUGGAUGGAGAGCCCUGACGACACCCAGCUGCUGAGUUUGGACCCACAAUCUUCUGAACAGAGCGGAAACCCAUGUCUUACUGUGUCAUCUCUUAGCCACGCCGAAGGUGAGGCGUGCCAGCUGGAGUCCAAGCCCAUCCUCCCGAAGCCGAGCCAGGACGGGCCUGGAGAUCCAAGGGCCCCUGGCAAUCCGGAAGCUGAGCUCCGCAGGAGUUCCAGGAGCAGGCGUCAGUCCAUGGAGACAGAGCCAGACGUCAUGGAGUCCAAAUCGGUCACAGCCCUGGUGACCGCGGCAUCCCACGCCAUCACGGCUGUGCGUCGCAGGGUUGGGCCCGACGGCAAGGAAAGCACCGACCGGAGAGGGGAUGGGGAAGAGGGGGAGGCAGAGGGGGAGGAAAAGGUGGGGGAGGGCGAGAGGGGAGGAGUAGGUACGGGACCAUUCACCAGUCACAUGUUCCUGACCGAGACUAAGCAUGUGGAGGGGGAUAGGGGGGAGAAAACGAAGGGGGAGGGGGGCGAGAAACUACCCUCACCCAUUUCUGAAGGACCGCCCACUGGGAAUAGGUCCCGAUUUAACAGGCGUCCCCUGUGUAUAACUAAAGAAGAGGAGGGCAAAGCUUCUUUCGUCCCUCAAAUAUGUGUCUCCCCCCCAGGUGUGUAUGGAAGGGACAUAGGGCCUGAGGACAAUGUGACGCUCACUCCCCCUUCGUCUCUGCUACCCUCUCCCCCAGCCCCUUCCAUCCCUCACAUGGUGAGAGGAGAGGGGAGUAGCGAGAACGGUGACUCUGGGCCCCGUCCCAAACCCUCCCCAACCUCAGACCCGGAAAACCAUUAUAGCUGCUUGACUCAAGCCCAUAGAAAACUCACUAUCAGUCACGAGGACCUCACAGGUGUAGGGAAAGAUAUUGAGCCGAAUGCUACCUCUGGUAAGGAUUCUGUCACAGAUAACAGUUAUGUUGCCACACCCAACAUUUGUGAUGUCAUGGCCAACAACAAGGCUACAGUUAGCACUGACUGCUUGUUAGCAACUGCUAAUCGCAAAGACCCAACUAGCGUCCAAUCUGUUACGGCUAACACCAUAGCUAACACUAACAUGGAUGUAGUUACUGCUAAUCUUGAUUUGGCUGCGGCUAACAAUGACACUAAUGCUAGCGUAUAUUCCACAAUGGCUAACAGUGAUGUUAGUACUAGUGUGUAUUCUGCUAUGGCUAACAGUGACGCUAAUGCUAGCAUUAAUUCUGCUAUACCUAGUGUUCAUAUUACGGGUACUUCAGUUCUGGCUAACAUCCCCAAAGAGUCUCCUGCAUCUCCUACUACUGGCGUCCUCCAGUCCUGCUCACCAGGCAUCAUCGGCCAAAGCCUCUCUGCCUCCACGUUACGGGGGAAGAUCCAAAGCCUGCCCCUCUUUUUAUCUCGCUCCCAGGAAAGAGCCCUCUCCAGUAGGAGCCCUUCUCCAAAGCCCACCAGCGACAAAGCAGCGCUUAACGGCACCACCAAGAUAGAAACUGCCAGGAAGGAUGAUGUAACCGUAGAGGAUUCCAACGACUCCUUGGAGGCUCCGGCAGAGUCUGAAGAAUCUGAAGUGACGCCGACGGAGUUGGAGCUGGGCGACGUUGUCGUGGAGACGGCUGGUGCGGAGAUCACGAGGUUGAGGGUGUCAGAGGUCAAGGAGGUUGUUGAAAAGGUUGUGAUGGUCUACGGAUCCUCCCCUCCUCCUUCAACAUCUGUUUGUCUAGACUCUGAACCAGAUCCCAAAAUGGCAGCAAAUUUGCCUUCCAGGCCCAUUCCUGAAGCAGAAACCACCCCUCCUAUGGCUUCAGCACCUCUCUGUCUGGGGCCAGCAUCAGACCAUGAACCGCUAUCCACUGGCUCCAUCGGCCCUAAAAUGGCCUUGCCGUUACAUUCCUGUCCUUCAGCACCUCCCUGUCCUUCAGGUCCUCCCUGUUCUUCAGCACCUCCCUGUCCUUCAGCUCCUCCCUGUUCUUCAGCUCCUCCCUGUCCUUCAGCUCCGGUGCCCAUCAGGGUAGGACCCAAACCGGACCAGGAGCCACUAUCCCUGGGCUACAAAAUGACCAACUUGUCAUCCUCCUGCCCCUCUGCAUUAGUGAGAACCACACAUAGUCUAGAUCCCCUUACGGUUACCAGUGGUCCAACCAUCAGCACAGAGCCCAAACAAGACCCUCAUCCUGAACCUCUAACCCCGGUCCCUAAAAUGUCCACCAUGUUACCUUCUUGCUCCUCUGCUUUAGUUGUAACCACACAGAGUCUGAACGGUCCGAGGCUCAGCUUCCCUGGUCGUAACAUCGUAGGGCAGUCAUUCGAGGGCAACAGACCGCCAGGGGAGGAGCCAGGCCUGCUGAACAGUCUGACUACAGGCUGUGGGGUCUUCACCGCCACCGCACACGAGGCCCGAUCUGAGCUGGCCCCGACUCAACUGGGAUCCAGUCCGCCAGCAAAGCCUGAUUUUGGGUGUACCUCUGUGUUGGCGUCAGGGUGCAAGGAGGUCCUGGAAGGGGUGCAAACGCCCCUGGAGGUGUGUGGGUGCCCGCCACCACUGGUUUACACAAACUGUUUUAGCGGAGGAGACAGCUUUGACGACGAGCUAACUGUUUAUGAGUUUUCCUGCAGGGCAAGUUCCCCUCCCGCUUCCCAAACAUCUUCCUCUGCACUGGCCCUCCCCCUCAUGACCUCUCCUCCACUAUCCUCCUUCCUCCCCUCUUCCCCACCCUCCUCCUUCCUCUCUCCCUCUUUCCCCUGCUCCGUCCUCCCCCCUUUCUCAUCCCCAGAGCUCUCCCCACUCCUCUCCCCUCUCCUCUCCCCGUCUGACUGCUUCCUCUCCCAGUCCCGCCUCCAGGACGAUAUUGGCCGACUACGCCACCGCCGUUACCCCGCACCCCCCACGGGAUUCCAGGCCAUCCGCAGCGAUGUGGACGAGCUCCUCACCCUCCUGCAGGAAGGGAGGCUUGGGGGCAGAGGGGGCAGGCACCCCAGGGAGACCUGCGCCACCCACUUCACCGAGAACAAGCGGCUGCUCCACGGGGAGGCGCGUAGGCUAAUGGCCGGCUGUCAGAAGGUGGUACGGGUGGGGCAGACCCCAGACGAGAUGCUCCUGUCCUUGGCGGACAGCUUCAGGACCCUGGUGGGAAUGGCCGGGGUGUGCCUGUGGUUCUCCGGUUGCGACCGAUGUGACCGGAGGAACGCUGAUGCACUGGCGGGGCUAGCGGACGUGGCCCGGACGUACCGGGAGUUUGCGGUGGCGGCGGAGAGGGCGAGCGGGCGGCGGAGUUGUCAUGACCUCAGCACCAAACUGCUGGCCAAGCAGUGCACUGCCCUCACCGCGUCGGUCUUCUGCCUCACACAGCUGUUCCGCACACUCACUGCCCUUUGACCCUGAAACCAUGACCCCUAGCAAACACUUUGUUGACUGUUAAACUCUGACCCCUGGGCCCGUUACACAGGGUCGCCCGACCAGUCAGUCGCCCAGAUGAUUGAGGAACUAACGUGUGAACCGGAACAGAUACACAUCAAAGGAGGAGGAGGAGCAGGAAGGGAAGGAGAAGAAGGAAAAGGGACCAACAACAACACGGGAUUAGAUGGUCAUAUUGAUCAGCUGUGACAACAAAGACGAAGAGCCGCUGUGACAUAACAGAGCUCCAGUGUGACAUCACAGAGGACGAGUGACACACUGAAGGACAUACAGGGAUUUAGUAGCCUGGUAUGUUGUGCACGCACUAUAACCCAGGGCAACAACCCAACAAGGGUCUCGAAACUGCAAGAAAGCCUCACGGAAAAUAACAUCUCCUGACUAAAAGAAUAUCUGCUUGCGUUAAUAUAGUAUUUAAUUCAUCAAUUAUAUUUGAAUGUAUAGUAUUUAUUUUCAUUUUGUUACUUAUGUGCGAUGUUAUCACUUGGUCUCAUAACUGCGUAUGCGAUUGUGUUGGAUAUAGAGAAGAGGAAUGUAGAGCAUAUACAUCUAGGUACACACACACACACACACACACACACGUGGCCUGAAGUGACAAUCGUGUGUAGUUUUUUUUUGUGUGGAUCAGUCAAGGGACGGUUUUACAUCCUACAUCUUGACAUUCUGUUCCUCUAUUCCUGAUCAUCAUGACAUUCUGUUCCUCUGUUCCUGAUCAUGCGUGGCAGAUGCUCAAGCGAGGGGUGUGGGGCUCCAAAUGUCAGCUGUUUACCAAAAAAGGAAUGCAGUACAAAUUGGCACCCUACGUCCCACAUGGUCCAAUUCUUCUGACCAGGGUUAGGUGUAGUUCACUGCGCAGGGAAUAGGGCAUCAUAGGAAACAGGGAAGCACAUCAGUGUGUGUGAUAUUUUGUGAACUGUGUAGCAGAACGGCAAUGUAUGUACAUACAUGGCUUUUCAAUGGGGGGGGCGUGGGGGGUCAACUAACCAAAAUGGGUCACAGCCCUAAUGUUAUCGGAUGGUUUCAAAGACUUCUGCCGUUUACAAGGCACGUCUUAAUGACACACUGUCCAUAGCACAGCGCGCUUGCCGAAUACGGUCCCUGUUGGCACUGGCGUGGAAAAGAAGAAGGUCCCAUUCAGCCCGCCACCAAAGAAAGGAUGUAACUCACUCGACAGGCAUGUUCACUGGAGAAAUUAUUCUUAUAGUUUCAAACAUGAACACCACAUUUAACGUGUUACCUGAUUUCAUUGCGAUGCGUAGCACAUAUUAAUAUUUUCAGGGCAAAGGUGAUGAAAAACCGCCUUCUCCACUUUGCAUCUUCUUUGUUGUAAAUUGGGGGGGGAUAUAUAUUUUGCUAUAUUUAUUACUGGGAACAACUUCGAUGAGCCGCUGAUCUGGACCAGUGGUGUAGUGGGGAGUACAAAAACAAAUAAACACACUCUACUCACCUUUUUGACUGGGCAUGACAGUUUACCCACCUUUUGUGGAAAACUUCAUUUAAAACAUAAGGUGCUUUAUUUCUUUUUACCACGACCAGCAGUCAGAGUUUACCCACCAACAUGUUUUCUUUCUUUACCACUACACCACCGCUCCAGACUAAAUAGUUUCCCAACUAAUGAGUUCACCCGGGUUAGAGACAACUCUAUUUCAGUUCCAGUCAAUUUAGAUGCAUGUCAAAUUCAUAAUUCUGCUGAUGGAAAAACACUGUAGAGAAUAGGAUUACAAUUUAAUUGUACUUUCUGAAUUCACUGCAAUUGACCCGGUUGACCUCAUACUGCUUUUUCGUCCAUUUGUAUCUCCUUUAUGCUAGGGUUGCUAAGCUCCAGUAACGGUCUGAACCCCCCGCCCAAGCUUCUUCUGAAAUCCCAGUAUAAAGGAUUCCAGAGUUCCCGCAUACUCGAGUUUGUGUUUCUGGGAGUCUUUCAACUGGGAAUUCUGUGUGAACCUGGGCAUUUUUGGAACAUUUCUGGAAUUUUGCAAUCUGCUCACCAAGCAUGCCAGGCUAAGCUAUAGCUAACUGCAUUGUUGUUACAUCAGGGAAAACAUUAUUUAAAUAAUUAAGAUGCACUCCAGGAUCUUAAGUAUGACAAAUUCAUAAAAUAUAAUUUGAAUUGCACAAACAAAAAUAAUGUGUUUUCUUUUUUGCAGGUUGUAACAUCAUUAAAAAAAAGUUACCGGGCAUGACCACCACUUUCAUAACUUCUGACAAUAACAACUGAACAACUCUGGAGUCUAUCUUAAAUUAAUAACCUAAUCUAAGUAUGGUAUGUGAAUGAAUGAGCGAUAACCCGUGUUUCCUCUUUGCUUUGUCAUGCUGUACUCAUACCAUUAAAACUACUAACAUAUACCAAGA